GCACGCCGUCGGGCACUCGGGGGCAUCGCGUGCUGCCUGCCUAUCCGCAACAGAACACGAGAGAGGGGCACGAGCAUCGACCAUGGUGGCGAUCCCGGUGCUGAAGCUCUUUUCUAUGACGGUGAAGACCCUAGCGAAACCAAUGGCCAGGAAGAUCAGAACGGAGGCCCAAAGGCAUCCUAGAUUCCGAGGCGUGCUCAACAGCAUGGGUCAAGCCACCAACAGAAUUUCCGCCAGAAUAUCCAUCCGACUGGCGGGCCACACCACAACCAAGAUCAAGCCUUUAGAGGAGGACAAAGCAAUUGCGGACGGGGGAAACAUGCUGGCUGAGGGCUUCAUCUACGGGCUUGGCACCUCCUUGAUGGUGUUCGAGUACAUGUCUAACGCCAAGGACAAGGAGGCGAAGGAAGCGAUAUCCAAGCUGAAGAAGGAAGAGGAGAAGCGAGAGAUUGCCCAAGCUCUAGAGGAUAUCAACCGACGACUCGCCCGGCUAGAGGCUUUGGACCGAACAGGCAAUAGAACGCACGAAGUAGAUGAUGGUGCAGACCAAAGAAAGUGGCCGCUGGGGCUUGCUUUUCAAGCACCGUCGCGAAAAACCUGUGUGGGUGACUCAACGCCCAGAGAAAGUAGACACCCUCCUGACCAAGGUGGAGGGGACGCUUCCACGGUAGGGGGCGGGGCUGGCAGCAGGAAUGAGCAUCAAGGUUCCCGGAGUGGCGGUAGCGGCAUGCGUGGCAGCGGCGGCGACACUGACGAGGCAAACGGAGAGCGCAAUGACUACCUAUGGCGGCAAGAGGACGAGGAAGAUGGCGAGGGUGAACGAGGAACUCGCGGUGUUAGCCCUUGGGAGAUGCUGCUGCCGACGUUCUAGAUAUCCACGGCGUGAAGUCGGUGCCGAUGGAAUAACCGACGCCUUUGCUGUUCUGACGAGUAAUGAUUGUUCUUGCCUGAUACAACGCUGCUUUCCCUACUCUUCCAGGGGCAUGUGUUGUGAGGGCAUUCACAGCCAGUCGUCGCUGCUGCGAGCGCACUCGGAACACACCCGUGUAUUUCUCAAUGAUUUCAAUGCGUGGGCUUAGAAAAACAGGUGUAGGCCGGAUGCAUGAUCUGCCCUUCCUAGGACUCACACCGGAGCAUCCGUAACGAAGGGAAGACGCGGAUUGAUAUCCAACGCUUUGUGACGUUCGCAUCUUCAAGAGUGCCCAUCAUUUUUCCGUGUAAUGAACGCAAUACUUGCACUAAAAUACCAAGCCCGGCGGAAGAACUUGUACGAAGCCUGAGUGUCGUGAUCGUUGUAGAGGUGCCCGUCCUCGCGAAAAAUACACACACUUGCGCGGAGCGACAUUCACCGCAGCUUGACCGUGUUGCUUGACAACGCGGUCGCCGAGUGCUGUCCGAGCAACACCAAAAGACGCAUCGAAAUUCCACCCAACAAGUGCCAGCGAAACAUCAAAAUACCAUCCAACAAGCCCGUGGCUGCGCAAUGGCAAAGCUCUUCUACACAUGUGGACCCUACUCCCCCAACUCUAAAAAAAUGCCGUGCACAUGCCGCUGUAAGAACACCCGCCUCUCCGUCUACACGCGUCUAUCAAUUCAUACGGGCGAGAGAUCAUCACCCGCAACCCUUACCGUCUACCCAGGUACAACUCCCUUGUGGAAUGUCUACUUGCUAUCAAAGUUACCCCCCUCCCUCGUCAAACUUGCCGAUGGGCUAGUUUACUUUCCAAUAAUGCUGGAACACCCCGUCCCAGUUCCCUACUUGCUCUACUUCCUUUUGUCCUCGGCGUUGUUCUUGGAAACCCACGCAUUACCAGGCGGGACUGAACAUUAAGCUACACAUUGCCGAAGACGCAAGUUCAGAAAGGAUAUCCAUGACCUCAGCCUUAAGAGUGGCGUCUCCAACGGCAUCAAGAACCGUCCGAAGAGCGAUGUCGGUAACACUUCAUGAACGUGUCAAGAGAGUAAUCCACCAAGCUGGUGGCGGCACCAAUGCUUCACUCCGAACACCCGGGCUGGAAACGACGACAAAACGGGGGG